CUACUAUAUAUUACAAAAUGGCCUCCAUCACCCCCUCCCAGGAAGAUCUGCAGAAGUUCUACAUCGGCAAAGACAUCAGCGAUGUACCCAAACCCGCCGCCGUCCUCGAUGUAGCAAUCAUCCGACGACACUGCGAGACAAUGCUCCGCACAAUCAAAACGCUCGAUGUCGGAUUCAGAGUUCAUGUUAAGUCCCACAAGACACCCGAACUCGCCAAGCUCCAAAUCGGCGACAUCACCGAGGCCAAUUUCAUAGCCUCCACAGUCUCAGAGAUCGAGAUGAUGAUCCCUCUACUACAGGAUCUGAAACAAAAAGGUCGCAAAAUUAACAUUCUCUACGGCAUCCCCCUGGUCCCAUCCCAGGUCCCACUACUAGCCAAGGCAGCCCGCGAGCUGGGCGAGAACAGCAUCACUGUGAUGAUCGACCACCCAGACCAACUCCCGUACCUAGAGAAAAUAUCUUCUCUAGCAGGACAUCCAACCUGUGUCUUUGUCAAGGUCGACACGGGCUACCACCGCGCCGGCUUACCGCCCGUAUCUCUUAACAAGAACGGGUUGCUCGAGAACCUUGCCUCCGCGGAGGAAAAACGCGGGGCAAGACUACUCGGGUUGUAUUCACACAGCAGUCUGAGUUAUAGCGGGACAACCCCAGCCCAAGCGAUGGGUCAUUUGAUCAGUGAGAUCCGCGGAUGCAAAGAUGCCUUGGAGAGAAAUUUGCAUCUACUGCCAAAAAGGGAACUGGUCAUUAGUGUUGGUGCUACGCCACAGGUAGUCUCGUCCCAGAACCUGCUGCGUGAUGAUUCUCCCUAUGCCGAAGCGCGGGAGCUCAAGGCUUUACUUCGCGAGACAAAUGUCGAGCUGCAUGCUGGCGUCUAUCCCAUCCUGGAUAUGCAGCAAUUCUCCACACAUGCCAGUGCCGAUUCUGGGUUUUUGGAGGAUGAAAUUGCCAUCUCGGUGCUCGCCGAAGUGUGCAGCGUCUAUAACGAUAGUGAGCGUGAAAAGCCCGAGGUGCUUCUGGCUGCAGGGACGCUUGCACUGGGCCGAGAGCCGUGUCCAAGUUACUCGGGCUGGGGGGUUGUUUCUUCCUGGCGACUAGAUGGGGUGGGUAAAGCUUCAUCGGAGAGAUUGGUUGUUGAUAGGAUCAGUCAGGAGCAUGCAAUUGUGACUUGGGAGAGUGAGUCCCAGACGAAGAUUCCCCUGCACAUUGGACAAGUGGUUAAAGUGCACCCCAAUCAUGCUUGUGUCACUGGUGCCUUUUAUGGGUGGUAUUUUGUUGUCGAUUCGGAUCAAGAGAGCGAGGCUGCUCGGAUUGUGGAUGUUUGGGUUCGGGCGAGGGGAUGUGGUAUGAGGGCCUGGUAG